AUGGUGCGUCAACUCCAUGAUGGCAUGACGGCGCGUGUCACGGACAAUAAAGAUGUCUCACAGGCAUUCGCAGUGAUCAACGGAGUAAGGCAGGGCUGUUUCCUCUAGCCUACCCUCUCCAGUCUCAUGUUCUCUGCCAUGCUGAUGGACGCCUACGUGGUGAGUGUCUCGGGAUCAGCGUUGCCUACAGAACGGACGGACAACUCCUCAAUCAGCGGCGGAUGCACUUCCAGUUGCAUGUAUCCACAACUAUCGCCCAUGAACUUCCCUUCGCUGACGACUGUGCUGUAAACACCACCUCAGAAAGGGACAUGCAAAGGAGCAUGGAUCUCUUCGCCGCCGCCUGCGACAACGGCUUGGUCAUCAACACAAAGGAGACGGUGGUUAUAUAUCAACCGCCACCCUACGCCUUCAGAACACCGUCUGAAACCAUCACGUUUUCCACCUCAGCACCAAACUCAAGAGUUACAAAGCGGUAA